CCGGUUGCUCCGGGCCGGAAGCCCAGAGUCCGGUUGCUCUGGGCCUGAAGCCGGGCCGAAGCUCGGACCUGUCCAAUGACCUGCCAGUCGUCCGAUUCCUCGGAAGCCAUUCAGGACGAGGGCCGAGCCGACGACGGCGCCGCGGCGGCGGAAUCGGACGAGCGGCGCAUCGCCGCGGCCAUGAAGGACCUCAGGAACACGGGUUGGUACUGGGGCAGUCUGACCGCUAACGAGGCCAAAGAGAUCCUGGCGGACGCCUCGGAGGGCACCUUCCUGCUGCGGGACAGCUCCCAGAGGGAGUACCUGUUCACCAUCUCGGCCAUGACGUCGGCGGGUCCCACCAACCUGCGGAUCGAGUUCAAACACGGCAAGUUCAAGCUGGACUCGGUGGUGCUGGUGAAGCCCAAGCUGAAGCAGUUCGACAGCGUGGUGCACCUGGUGGAGCACUACGUGCAGCUGUCGCGCGGCAGCGACCGGGCAGCGCCGGCGCAGCCCCAGCGCGCGGCGGCAGCAGCGGGGGCGGCAGCGGCGCCCAACGGGACGGUGCAGCUGCUGCUCACCAAGCCCGUGUACGUCGCCACGCCGCCACUGCAGCACCUCUGCCGCAUCGCCAUCAACCGGACGACGCGGCGGGUUCAGGCGCUGCCCAUCCCCAACCGGCUCAAGGACUACCUGACGGACUACGCCUACAACGUGUAGCGCCGACGCCCUCUGAUCCCAGCAUGCCCUG